GAACAAAGAACAUCUCGCCACCAGACAUCAACCAAUCACACGUCGAGAACAGUACCUUAUUAAACCCGACCAUUGAACCAUAACGUUCCUUUUUCGAUCAUCUACCAUCAAAUCUGGUCUACACCAUAUCUCAAAGUCUGUUGAUCAUGGCCUCAAGUCAACGUCUAUCAACCUAUUAUGAUUUUGUAAUGGCUGUGGGAGAUCCAAGGACACAUGAAUGGCCAUUGGUGGCUACUCCCUGGCCAACUAUUUUCCUGAUGGCAAUCUAUUUGCUGAUAGUAAAAAUUGGUCCAAAAUACAUGGAAAACAGGAAGGCAUGGGAUUUGAGAGAGGUCUUAGUGGUGUAUAACUUUGGAUUGGUAUUUCUGUCAGGGUACAUGCUUUAUGAGUUUAUUGCCUCUAUUCUAAGUAUGCCAGAUUUUAACCUGAUGUGUGAAAGAGUGAGAUAUGAAGAUGAUCCCAGACAGCUUAGGUUAGCCAGGGUCAUUUACAUCUACUACUUGUCCAAGUUUGUGGAAUUCUUUGACACGUUUUUCUUCAUACUUCGUAAGAAGAACAAUCAGAUAACGUUUCUUCAUGUGUAUCACCAUGCUACUAUGUGCCUGUUAUGGUGGAUGGUCUGCAAGUGGAUUGCUGGUGGCAUAACUUAUUUUGGGGCAUCCUUCAAUAGCUUCAUUCACAUCAUCAUGUAUUUAUACUAUGGUCUCUCAGCCAUGGGUCCUUCAGUCAGAAAGUAUUUAUGGUGGAAGCGCUAUCUGACCAAAAUGCAACUGAUCCAGUUCUUGGCUGUGAUUUAUACUGCAAGUUAUGCAUUAUACCAUGAUGAUUGUGGAAACCCCAGGUUCUUUCUUUGGCUUCAGUUGGGAUAUGGAAUGACACUGAUGAUACUUUUUUCUCACUUUUAUAUGAUGACAUACAUUAAAAAGGGUGAUGAAAAGAACAAGAAAGUGCAGUAACAAUACUUCACCACUUUUAGUUACUUAAAGUUUUGUACCUAAAAUUGAUGACUAAGCCUUGCACAUUUAAUUUGCAAACCAAAAACUAGGGCUAAAUUGAAUGAAUAAGACACAGUUCUCAUUGAUAUUUUGCAUUAUUACAUAAACUGGAAGCAGUGAUUUAAAGAUUAUUACAAUAAGAAACACACAGGAUUGAGAUAAACAUCAUAAUGUUGUAUUAAAAAGUGACCAGGUGUACAAUAAAACCAUUUGAUCCAAA